AUGAGAUUACUAUUACAUGUAGUUCGGGCUCUUCUGACACUGCCGUCGUUCUAUCAUCAUGCUGUCUUCGUAUCAGCACAUCGAAAACCAUGGCGGCAAGACCCAGUAGAGUUCGAACAAGGCACGGCAGCAGCAGCAAUCAGUCGCACACCACUCGGGGAGCACGUGAGCACAGCCCAGCGACGGCGAUUGCACACAGUGGCAGACUUGCUCUUGGAAGUGUACCACACGCUCGCAGAUAUGCGCUACUUGGAUCCUGCAGGCAUCGAGACGGGACCGCAUGCCAUCGACAUCGACCUCUGUCAGCAGCAAGACAUAGCCGUCCCCAUCAUCUACCUCUACCAGAUUCUGCCCUACGUCAACACGUCCGAGGCAGGCCAGCAGGGAUUUGCAUUCGGAGGCCUCUUUACUGACUUCCGUGACCCUGAACUGCUGCGGCGAGCUCGAGACCCAUUCUACUCUGCUUGGGAGGACUGUGGUCCUGAUUGCUUGGCUGAGGAUCCUUUAGACCAGAAUUUACCGUACAUGGCGCCCUGGGCGACACCACUCACAGGCCUGGGCAAUCAUGGCGCUAUCAUCAUCUAUGAUUCAAAGCUCGAUGUCAUCAAGGUGAUUGACCAGCUGGACGAUCAAAGUCGAGAUUUGGCCUUGCAAGAUCUCCACACUCCAUGGCGCACGUCCAGCAACCGCAAUUCCAUCGACCAUAUCCCAGGCCGACCCGCAGCGGAUGUGCUCCGAGACAUGGUACAAUGGUACCGUAACCUCGAGCUCAUCCCGGGAGACGAUGUCGACAAUGGGGUCGAUGGCUGGGACCAUGAAAUUCUGAAAACCCUCUACCAGAAAGCCGGAUGGCCUGACAGGUUUGACGGUGAAGCGUUUGAGUUGUAUCUCGCACGUCAUCGAGCCCGAGAGCGUGCCAAGUACCAGCUUAAUGAGCCAUUGCAACAGGUCGACAAGUAUCAGCUAUGGGUUGAUCUCGCAGAGCGUGAGAUCACGACUGCGUUGGAGCGAAUCACGUCGGGCACCACUCCAGAUGAGCUGUGGCUCGCUGGUUUUGAGCUAUGGAAGAUGAAACGAAGUCAAGCUCGGAAUCUUCAGGAUCUGGAACGCGCACAAGCAGAAGCUAGACAUCUUUGCCCGCUAGGCGACUGUCUCACGCCCCAGGAUGUACUCCUGCUUGAAGUCGAACACUUGAGGUUUGAGCUUGAGCGCGCUUGGGCCGAUGAUCAUAGCCAUCCCAGGCAUCGUGCACAACGAAGGAAGAUACUGCAGCAAGCGUGGAAGGAGGCCGAGAAUGAAAUCAAACUUUUAUAUCCUCAGGAGUACGCAAAUUUCCCAAUUUUUCCAUACUUGCCUUGGGAAUGGUUCCAGAUGGAGUCUCUAAGGCUGCGUUCUACAUGCGAUUAUUUGAAAGAGGAGAUGAAAGAACUGGAGCUAUGGUUGUCCAAAGAGCUACCACCUUGGGCACACAACUCCCGCAAAGUUCUGCUAGAUGACCUGGAACGACUCGAAGAAUCACGGGAAGCUCAUCUAUGGCAAAUCCAAAACGACAUGAGAAGACAGAUCGCGAUGUGGACCACUUCCCGCCCGGAGGAGCUGCUGGGAUUCUGCAGGAUUGCUUGAAGUCU